CCAACUUUACACCCGGUCAAAAAACGGUCAAGCAAUCAGCUGUUCCGGUCCGAUUUUUCCGUAAUUCCGUGGGAAUUACGCCAAUAAUCCGGAGUCGGAGUCGCAAAAGCCGAAGGAUCGCAGUGGUGCUACAAUGAGCGACGCUGGCUCCAGCGUGGAUCCGGUGGAAGCCGAGAAGCGGCGCAAGUUUCGCAUUCAGGCCGCUGCCUUUCUUGGCCUCGUUGGCGGCGUGUCGGCCCUGUUUGGAUUCUCGAAAACCCUGGCCACAGCGAAGAAGGCCGACAACAAGGUACUACAGCAGGCUGGCACACGGCAGGGUAUUAUUCUAAUGGAUGAAGGGACCACACUGGCAAUGCGUGCCCUGGGCUGGGGAACUCUGUACGCCGUCCUUGGCACCGGCGCCUUUUGCUACGGAUUCUGGAAACUGAGCGGAGCUAAAGAUUUCGAAGAGUUUCGUAUGAAAAUGGGCAAUGCACUGCCGCGCAUCACCAAGGACGAGCCACCCACGAGCCGAACCGACUUUGAGAGCCUUACGGACCUCAUGAAGUACUUGGCGGCCUGGAAUAAGGAAUAAAAGCAGCUCAAUCUACAUUAGAUCGUAUACCUUGCUAGACUAUUAAAUAUAUACAUCACUUGUUAACUUGACUAAAAACUGCGCUGCUAUUCUGGUAGUAACAUU